UCUUUUCUCGUCUUUUAUCUCUUUCUAAGUUCAUCUGUUCAUCUAGGUCACAUUUCUUCAUCUGGGUCUUGCUUAGUUUGGCAUUUAAGGCUUAUGCCUUGACUUCAAUUGUAUGUUUAUGAUGAGCCAUGCACAAUAUUUUGAAUUCAUUCAGUGUUUGUUUUUAUGAUGAUUUACUUUGUUUUUCUUUCAAUUCAUUUGGUUUCUUCAUUAUUCCGUUACGAGUAACUCUUUUCAUGAAUCUUUUAUAUCAAAUAUAUGGUAUCUGUUUGACUGUUUGUUAUAUGGCGUUGUCCCUGGCUCUGCCCAUGAAUGGUAGAAAAGCCUACUUUUAUAAAUAAAUAUGGCAUUUUGCUAUCUAGUUUGUUUCUCUUUUCUUGCUAGGGAAUUGCAAAUUAUGCAAUUGUAUGGUGUUGUCUCUGCCUUUGAUGGCAUUGGCUCUGUGUUUAUCUAACAGAAAAGGACUUCCCUUGGCGUAUGUUAUGCAGAUAUUUAAGGGUUUUCUUCUUUCUUCUGUUUUCCUAACAAAUCCCUUACGUAAAUGGAAAAUGAAUUAACGUCGUUCGGUGACAAGGUGGGCCUCGAUUUUCAUUUUUAUUUUGUUUUUGUUCUGGAAAAUGUGAACUUGUUUUGUCCAGCAAGGAAUAGAACAUGCUAUCAGUUGAAACUUAAGAGAACAGAAUUGUCUGUAUUGAUAGAAACUUGUGAUAUUUCAUGGCAUUAGUUAUGGUGACCAAACCCAUGUCAAUUUUUGUUUUAAUGGUAGGUUUGUUUGGUCAUUCUCUCUCUCUCUCUCUCUCUCAUUUCCUUUCCAAUUUUUUUCUGGAAAAAAUGAAAAUUGAAAGAGUCAUCAUUUGACUUUGAAGGACUUGUGAUCUGCAUGGGUCUAAGUUGAGACUUGAGAUAAUAAUAUUUCUCCCUCACCAGUGAAAAUCUUUGUUCAUCCAUUGGAUUUAUUUGGAAUUUUUGUUUGUAACAAGCGAAUGAGAUCCUUUGAUUUUUCUAACAGUAUGUUUGGUGCUGAUGUUAAGAGCAAUGAUGAGUUGAGGCAGAAGCUUUUGUACACAACCAUUGAAUUGGAAUCACUGAAAGCUGAAGCAAGUGAAGAGAUGAGAAAGCAUAAGGAGUAUGUGAAGCAUUUAAUUGGUCUCCUAAAGAUUGCAUACAAAGAAAGAGAUGAGGCAAAAGAUCUGUUGCAGAAGCUUCUUAACAAGCUAAUGCCUUCUAAUUCUGCUCAAUUGCAUCCCACUGUUCCUCAAGCUCAACCUGAAAGCCCCCUUGUUAUUCCCAUGAAGGCAAACUCAAGCAUUACUGAAUCUAACAGUCUAUCAGAUACAUAUAAUCACCAAUCACAUGGCUCUUCCCCUGUGGAUUCCUUCUUUGAUGCAGUUACUUCACCGGAUUUCUCAAGCAUGAACAUGGCUGAUUCGAGUCACAUAAAUUUUGUGAAUAAGACCUAUGUUCAAGAGUAUACUGGUUCUAUGUCAACAGGUUUGGUCUCUGCUUCAGUUCCCAAGAUUGAUCCUGCUGAUGCUGCAAUUGACAGUCUUAUUAAUGGAAAAGUCCUGCCUCAAAAAGGGAAACUGCUACAAGCCGUUACAGAGGCAGGUCCUCUUCUUCAAUCGCUUCUUGUUGCAGGGCCUCUUCCCCGGUGGAGAAAUCCUCCUCCACUGCAACACUUCAAGAUUCCACCUUUUUCAAUCAAAGAAAGUGAGACUGCAAUACCAAUUAAUCCGAAACCUGCUGCAAAUUCAAAUUCUGUUGCUCAGAAACCAAUGAAUUCAUCGUCUUAUCCUGAUAUGUCUCGUGGUUCUUCUCAAAUGUGUUCAGCUUCCAUGUUAAAUUUUAAUAGUGGUGCUUCUGGUUCAGUUUUAGGCAGUUUUUGGCCAUUAAACUCUGCCAAGAGGCAAAGAUUUCUCUGAGAUUCUAAAACUUUGCUUCCUCUUUCUUUUUUUUAA